AUGGGCAGCGCGGCGCCCCCGCCCCCCGCCCGCGGCCCCAGCCCCGCCCGCCCUUCCCGGCACCUCCCUCCGGCGCGCUCUUCCCGGCGCCUCCCGCCGUCGCCCCGCUUUCCAGGCCCUCGCUUUAUGGGUGAGGUCCCGACGGAGAGACGUUGGCAACGCCGAGGCGGGACCCCCAGGAGGACCUCUUGCUCUCCGCCCUUACCCCUGAGUUACUUCAUCCCAAGGCCCCAGUGGGCUUUCGGGCCGGGAGUGACACCCAUCCCCGCUCGGAGAAGUAGGAGGAGCGGUGACUCCUGGAACAGCCCGCGAGCGGGGGAGGGCAGAUGCUGAUGCUGAUGAUGCUGAAGAUGAUGGCAAUUUUUGAUAAUGAUGACGAUGAAGAUGCUAUCCUUGAAGACAAGGACCAGGAGGGAGCCCUUCUCUCAGAAUGGAGCCAGAGCCAGCACCACGGGCAAAGGGCUGAUCAGGAUGCAGCACUGCCUAGCAUGUGAUCUGAACUGGAGUUAGGCCACCUGUGACCUCCUCAGGGCUCCAUUCUAAUUGUUUGUGUGGCCUCACCAAGUGUCAAUUUCCUCACCUCUAAAUGGAAAGAUUACCUGA